AUGAACCCUUCAAAUCCGGAGGAGUCCAAUAUUGUGGUGGUCGCGCCUACGACACUGACCGGAUUCGCUCCGGAGUAUCCGCGGCUAUUGGCUUCACCAAGUUCAUUUGGUCCGGUGUUGUUUCCGCUUCCGACUCCACGGAAUUCAUUUGGUCCAGUGUUGGUUCAGCCUCCGUUUACACCAAAUUCAUGUGGUCCGGUGUUGUUUCCGCGUCCAACUCCACUGAAUCCAUUUGGUCCAGUGCUGGUUCGGUCGCCGUCUACACCGAACAGAGACUUUAGGCCAGAGAUACAUCCCGACGAACGUUGUAUGAAUCGUACGUGGAGGAUGUGCAUGUGCACAAGCCUAGCGGAGGAGGAAAGCCUUCGCUUUUCGGGAAAAGGACGACUGAAAGUUGAGAAUCCUCCAAUGGGGAGUAAUAGCCCCCAUGAUGGUGGAAGCUACCACGGUGGUGGUGGUGAAGGAGAAGCUAUUUUGUUGCACUAA